CUCAACUCGACCUCGCGCUCUCCAGUUCAGACCCCCUCAUAUAUUUGCAUCUCGGCAAUCUCUCCUUUCCAACAAGCUAGACUUUGACGUUCCUUCCCUUCUCCUUGCAAAAGACCAGGUCUUUUCAUGGUUGGUAAAGUGUUCGAGAAUGGGUUCGCUCUUGACUUGCUCCCGUCAACAGACGACUACCAUGAAGGGGUCAUCGUGGAGAAUCUGGAGAUCACUGCCCCUAUGGCACCUGAGGUCUUCGGUGCUAGGCUCAGAGCCUCAAUCUCCGAAUGGAAGCGAAAGGGAAAGAAGGGUGUGUGGAUUAAAUUUCCCCUUGAACUCGCGAAUCUUGUCGAAAGUGCCAUAAAGGAGGGCUUUCGAUACCACCAUGCUGAGCCAAGUUACCUCAUGAUGACAUACUGGAUUCCUCAAAGUCCCUGCAUGCUGCCUGCAAAUGCUUCGCACCGAGUACGCGUUGGGGCAAUCGUCUUGAAUGACAAAAGAGAGGUACUCGUAGUCCAGGAAAAGAGCGGCAUUCUACGGGGGAGGGGUCUGUGGAAAAUCCCCACUGGAAUGGUUGACAAGGACGAAGACAUAGAGGCAGCAGCCACGAGAGAAGUGAAAGAAGAGACUGGAAUUGAUACGGAGUUCAAAGACAUCCUAUUGUUCAGGCAAUCACACAAAGCAUUCUUUGACAAGUCGGAGUUGUUCUUCUUAUGCAUUUUGCGACCGCUAUCCUUUGACAUUCAGAAACAAGACCUAGAGAUUGAGGCAGCUCAGUGGUUGUCGUUGGAAGAAUUUGCUGCUCAACCUUUCGUCCAACAAAACGACCUCUGCGAGUGCAUUACUGAUUUAUGCUUAGCGAGAGCAAACCACGACUAUUCCCGAUUCGUCCCUGUGGUUACGCCAGCAAGGUCGAUUCCCGACAAGGGAUUACAGUAUGUCUAUCUGAAUGCCAAGACCUUACUGAGGGGAGAGAGCUUUUAGAUGUUGUCCAAGUACCUGUUUACUCUGAUUCAUACGUAAUUUAGUUUGCUAAAGUUUCUUCUUCCCCUGGCUCGGCUGAACUGGCAUGCCGGUUCCGAGUUGUAAUUGCAGUAAAUGCUAGAAACAGUUCAUACCACAGAGGAUAAUCAAUCAGGAAUCAUUAGCUUGAGUAACCAACGUGGGCUGAAACAA